AUGACCAUCACGCUCGAUUACAGCGCCAAGCUCAUUUUGAUCACCGGGGGCGGCCGCGGGAUCGGAUACGCGAUCGCACGCGCCCUCGCGUCGGCCGGCGGCACGCUCGCCAUCACGUAUACCCACACGGACGCCAGCGAUAUCGCCAAAGCUCUCUGUGAAGAGUUUGGAGUGGUGGCCAAGGCUUUCAAGUGCGAGGCGAGCGACUCGAAGGACACGGACCGGAUGGUCCAAGAUGUCGAGGCUUGCUUUGGAAAAAAAGUGGACAUUGCGAUCGCGAAUGCUGGGGUUGCUCUGUGGAAGGACGCGCACGCCAUGACAGACGACGACUUUCGGCGGCUCUUCGAGGUCAACACCUACGGUCCCUACUACCUCUCUCGUGCGCUGGUGCGCUCGUGGCUCGACCUGCCGAUCAGCGUGGACCCUGACGUGUCCCAAGUGGACAUCAAGAGCAUCAACAAGACGCUCGGCAAACAGAUCUUGGUCGUGUCUUCCAUAUCCGGCUUGGUUGCCAUGAGUCCUCAACGCCAGGCGGCGUACAACGCCUCCAAGGCAGCUGUGACGAUGCUCUCCAAGUCGCUCGCCGAAGAGUGGGCGCACCUAGGCAUCACUGUAAACACCAUCUCGCCUGGCUAUGUUGCCACCGACAUGACGACCUCUGACGACCCCAAACUCAAAGAGUGGUCCAGGGAGUGGAACUACCGUACCCCAGUUCGUAAGUUUGCGAGUGCGGAAGAACUGGGCAAGUUUGUGGCCCUGCUCGUUAGUGAUCAGCAGGGCGGGUGGGGCUUCUUUACGGGCAGCGAUGUGGUGGUCGACGGUGGAUAUACAACAUUGUAA